AUGAUAUCGCAUAGACAAAAGUGGAUAUAUAUUACUAUUGUUCUUUAUUUUAUACUUUCUAAUGGAGAUUUUACUGUAUUAGGGGAAAAUCCUUUGAACAGCUCUUUCAUAUCUCAGUUAAAUACUAACAUUUCAGACUCUGUAGACUAUGAGAAUCUUUUCCAAAGUGAACUUUUACUAAAUAAUAUAAUAAAUAAAACAAAAUAUUUGCUUAAUUCAGGUCAAGAAAUGCUCUCUACAAUGGAAUCAGUAUACCAGUGUGAUCCAAAGGUAGUGAAAUUUGUAAAUUCAAUAGAUCCUCCUAUUAAUAUUGAAGUAAAUCCUAAUGAGAAUCAACAAGUUGAAGAUUUAUCUGAAAGGAUUUCUUCUUCUUUGCACGAAUUUGUUGAUAAAUUAAUUAAUGGUUGGGAUAAUUUUUGGAAUGGAAUUUGGGGAGCACAAAAUAUUUCCAAUACAUUAGUUCCUCCCGGAGUUAAUAUUACAUUACAUACAAAUAGCUCUAAUAGAACAAUUAUUUGUGGCUCUGCAGUAGUUCCUUGGACUUCUUCUAUGCAAUGUUAUCGGGUUUUUAAAGAUAUAUUAGCAGAAAUUAGUUUUGGAGAUCGCUGUAAUAUUACUCAACCAUUAUACCAACUUGCAGAUGUACUAAAUUCAACGAAUAAACUUACUCACAUUGGUUUUGAUAAUUUACACUCAAAAGUUGAAGGAGUUUUUGAAAAAUAUCGUGAAAAUAUUUUGCGUGGUAAUAUCUUUUCUAGAGUUGAUUUAUUUUUCAAAAAAAUUCCCUUUUUCUUUCUAGAUCGUUCUUUAAGCAGAAAUUUAUACGAUUUGGCAAAUUCUCAAGCAGAAAUGGCUUCUAUUGUGAAGUAUAUGCAUAAGGAGGGGAUUUUCACUCGUGAAUCUAUACUUCAGAAUAUUGUAAACUUUAUUCGUUCAUUGACUUCCAUAUAUACAAGAGCUCAGACAAAUUUACAUACAUUAAGAACAAAAUUAAAAAUAAAUGCUACAGAAGUAGAAAAUUUGACAUCUAAAAUUGAGAACAUGAAGAAUUUAGAGGUUACACUUUUGGAUAAUGUUAAGGAUACUGUACAACAGUAUAAUAAUCAGACAAAUAUUCCACUCCCUACUAUUACAUCUCAAAUCCAAAGAAUUGCAAAUAAUGCAAUGAAUUCGGCUAUUAACACAGUUAAGAUAUUAGAAAAGAAGAAUUUAGUAACUAAUGAACAACUAACUGAUUUAGUUAAUGAAGUUGCUAAAUUUUCAUUGUUCAACAAUUUAUCAGUACCUGUUAGUGAGAAUGGAACAUUAACACUACGGUAUCUUAAUAGUGAAGGUGAUAUUCCCUUAGAUACUUCAUUGAUAUCAAGAGAAGUAAUCCAUAAAUAUUUUAUGGAUAUAUUUAUGGGAGCCCUGUUUUACAAUGUAACUCAUGGUAACCUUCAUCCUACACUUUACUCUAGUACAAAAAAAUUGAUCAAUAACACUAAUAAUGAAAAACUAAAUCAAGAAGGAAGUCCAUCAACCAAUUCUGAGACUGAUAUUACAAUUUUCCCCGUUUUGAUUUCCUUCAAUUUCUCGGAGACUAGCAAAUUAAGUGGAAGAUCUAAAGAAAAAGUAUCUAUUACUGGGGUACAAGAUAUAACAAAUAUUAAUAAUUCAAAAUACAUUGGAAAUAAAGACAACACAGUUGAACAAUUUAUAAAUAAUAAAGAUUUAAGCUUGAGUGAAGCUAUAGGUACUAAUCCUGAAAAAGGCUUAGACUUUUUUAGUGAUAAGUAUUAUACAGAUAUCCCUAUAGUAAAUGGAACAAAUCAAAAUAGCAUAAAAGUAUUAGUUUCUCAGAGCAGUUAUAUUUCUUUGCCACAAAAACCUAUAAGAUCACCAAAUCCUUCUGAAAGACCCAAAAACAAUACUAUUUCUAAGGAUGAGGCUAAUCAAGAUUCCAAAAUAGCGGAGAAUUUAACAAAAAAUAGCAAUAGUAAUACUAAUGUAAAAUGUAAGAAUGAUCAAGAUAGAUCUACAGUAUUAGUAGCUACUAAUACAUCUACAACUAAACCUAUAAUCAAGAGUACUUCAGCUUUUGAUAGUAAAGCUGUAUAUGAAGAAAAAGAUAAUACAAAGAAUCUGAGAGGAUUUGAGGUAUCACCACAUACACUUGCGAGUAUUUAUUUGAAUACAAAGGAGGUCCAAAGAACUAAUUUUAACUCUUCUGGAGUUACAAGAUCAGUUGAGGAUAAUUUUGAGAGAUUGGAAUUUAAAACAAGUACAACUAACGAAGAUCCAAAUAUGAAGCAUUAUCUGAAGACUGAAGCAUCAACAAAUACAAAUACCCCUAAUACUAAUCUAAGUACAAUACAUAAACCAAACCACAAAAACUCAACAAAUAUGAUCAAAGGUAAAACUACAGGGAGUAUUGUAAUUGAUCCCUUCAGUAUAAAGGAGACAAUACAACACACAGUAAGUAGUGAUAAUUCGUUAGCUUUUGUAACCAUUCCAGUAACUUCAAAAUCUACCAAUAGAAGUUCUUUACUUAAUAUUACAUCUUCACUUCAGCCAAAGCAAACAGGUAUUAAGUCAACAUCUUGCACUUUUGAUUCAGAAAAUAUCGAGAAUUACAAAGAAAAUACAAAUACUGAUAUUACCUCUUCAGCUCACAAUGUAGCAAACUUAAAAAAGUAUCUAAUUUCUUCAGUAAACAACAGUGAGUACAAUGUCACUUCUGAUACAGGGGUAAAAGAAGCACAAAUCAGUACUAAGUUUACAUUGCUUGACCACCAAGAAGACGAUUCACCUAAUAUAACUCCAAGUACCUUCGAUACAUUCAAAUUCUAA